GUAAGCGUUGUUGUAGGAAGAAGAAGCCGAUUCUGGAAGCCAUUACGUUGCGCACAUCAAUUGAGUAAAUUCUACUAUUUGUGCGUACAAUACGCACAAUUACCUCUCCAAAAGAGGAAUUUGUGCAAUUAUGGCAUCAGCCGCGAAAAAGAGAAAAAUGAAUUUCUCGGAGAGAGAGGUGGAAAUUAUUGUGGAAGAAAUAGAGAAACAAAAGCACACUCUGGUUAACCACUUCAACGCUGGAGUCACCCACAUGGCAAAGAAUAACGCGUGGGGAGAUAUCCUAAAAAAGGUAAACGCUGUCACCACCUGUCCCAGAGAGUUGCCCGAGGUGAAGAAGAAGUGGUCUGACAUGAAAACGGAGGUCCGGCGGAAAGUGGCCCAGGCUCGGGCUGCUAUAGAGGGAACCUCCGCUGACUGCACUCCAGCUCCCGUCAUCCUCACUGCGAUGCAGCAGAGGAUCUGUAACCUGCUGGGGGAGGCCACCAUCAUCAGUCUGCCUGCUGGAGACUCAGAUGCUGAGAUAAGUUUACCUGUGACCGUGAACGCCACCGUCACACUGGCAGAGGCUCUUCCAGCGGGCUCCUCUACAGUCUGUGAUGAAGCAAAGCCGCUGACUGCUGAAACUACUUUCCACACCCUGGAGGAUGGAGGCGUAGUGGAGUACUGCACCACCACUGUGAGCGACUCCAAUCCCACCAUGGUGGCGGCCGUUGAGGCUCCAGUUGAGAUGCUGGCGACGUCCUCCGCCUCGCCCCCUCCACCUCAGAGUCAGGCCAAACCUCAGGAGCUGAAGAGCCGCAUCGCCCUCAACUCCGCCCGCCUGCUGCAGGAGCAGAGGGUCACCAACGUGCACAUCCGUCAGAUCGCCCAGCACAUGGAGGGACAGAAUGAGCUGCUGCAGAUGAUGCGGCGCUCUCAGGAAGCUCAGGCGUUCGCACAGGAGAGACAGGCCCAGGCACUGGAGGGGACCCAGGCCGCCCUGCUGGCCUUGGUGCAGCUGCUCAAACCCGCUCUCAAAGACUUGCGCAAAUUCCUCCAGAGCGGGACUGAAGCGACCAACUCCAGCAGCUCAGCAGCAGCAGCUGACGGGGCAGGAGCAGAGGAGCAGAGGCCCAGAACACCUCCACCUCUUCCUCAGCUGGCCGAGGAGGCUCUAUAGACUGUGUGUGUGUGUGUGUGUGUGUGUGUGUGUGUGUGUGUGUGUGUGUGUGUGUGUGUGUGUGUGUGUGUGUGUGUGUGUGUGUGUGUGUGUGUGUGUGUGUGUGUGUGUGUGUGUGUGUGUGCUUCGUGUCCUGAAUUCUACAUAAAGUCCUUGCACACUGACAUCAGAAAACAAUGAAAAGCUUGUCGAAAGCUGCCUUUGCGGUGAGCAUGUACAGAAUUUUACCUAUGUUUUUAUGAUCUGGAGAAACCGUUUUGAAACCAGUGAAAAGCCACUUUUUACCUUUCACCUUCUGUGAUUAACUAGCAGAGUUUAUGUUAUUUUAUACAUUGAAUUUGGAAUCGGAAAUGUGUUUUUUAAUGCAGAGAUGCCGACGGUUAUCACUAACAUGGAAUCCUUAGUUGGAUCAAGUAACCCUGCAGUUCACCCUGAAUGAAGAAUACCCAGUCCUGUCCUCCAGACCGGAGACAGCGGGGGUUUUCAGUAAGUGUGCAUUGUGUCUUCAGAACUGAAUAAAACUUGAAGAAAAAUCAUUCGCCUGUGUUUUGUCUCUAGGGUGCAUCACUACCUACCAACCAGGAGGGGUCAGUGUGUAUAAGCAGGUUUCAUCACUGGUGGAGCAGCAGUGUAGUUUAAAGUCAUUGUGUUGAUGUCGAGCAAAUUGAUUUGUCUUUAAUUUGGAAUAUCACAGUCGUAUACUUGUUUUUGUUACUGUAGAUGUCCACAGUGAAUAUAAGAACCCUAACCCUAAACCCUAAA